AAACAAAUAUUGAAAAGAAACCUCAACUACAAUCACAUAAAACAAAAACAAGAAUUAAAUCAUGAAUCUGUCACACUAUGUUCUCACCCUCGCCAUCGUCUCUGGAGUUGCAUCGGCAAACGAUUCUCAGGGAUGCUGUUCAUUGGAUUACAAGGAUUGCAUCAGUUGGUGUGGCUCAACAUAUGACUCGUGCGUAAAUUGUGGAGGCUCAGAAGGUUGGCUUCCUAAUGGUGCCGCAYCUCCUACCUGCRGCAAACGAUGGACUGGCUGUGAGGAGAACAAUGGURCUGGUCACAGUGGAUGCUGCCCUGGUUUGACUUGCCAAUCAAAUGGUGGUGGCUGGAAGUCAUGUUUGCCUGGCAACAAUAGUCCAGUGGACCCUACUCCUUCCCCAGUGGCUCCUCCCACUUCCYCYCCGACUCCUAGUCCGGUGKCUCAACCUGUUUCGUCCCCAGUCUCUUCGCCCACUGGUGGUGGCGGUGGCAACAAUCCCACACCUGGCAAAGCUACUUUCUAUGAUGGAAACCCAAGCGGUGGAGCAUGUGGGUACAAUGAUCUUCCCCAGRUUACAUUUCCAAUGGGAUUCUCGGUGGCCAUAGGUGGGGAGGAAUUCGACAAUGGAUAUGGUUGCGGUGCUUGCUACGAAGUCACCUGUGUGGGAGGCUAUGGAGACAAUCCARACUGCCUUUGUGGGGACUCUGGACAGAAUACUGUUAUUGUUCAGGCCACUGAUCUGUGCCCAGGAUGCAGUACGACCCAUUUUGAUCUGAAMACCAAUGCAUUCACUGAAAUUKUGAAAGACCAAUCCAGUAGCAUGGCUGAUACAUGCGGAGUUCUGGAAACACAGUUCCGCCGUGUGAGUUGUGAAUUUAAUGACAACAUCAAGAUUCGUUCCAAGAGUGGAACUUCAGGAUAUUGGUAUGGCCUACACAUUGACGACGUGGCUGGAUAUGGAGCCAUCCAGAGCAUUAAGUUAAGGGAAGCGGCUCUCCGAGAAGUUGGUCAAGAUUCCUUUGACAUUGUGUGCGACAAAUCAAUGGGAGCAUCCUAUUGGUUCUGCAACCGCCCUGACGGUCGYGUACUUGAAGCCCCAUUGGAUGUCYACCUUACUGACAGUGCUGGACGCACACUGCAGAAAAACAAUGUGAUCACUAACCUUGAUGGCGAUCAAGAAUUUGAUUUCAAAACAAAUUUUGGUCCSAUUGACGGAAGCAAUCCAUCGUACCUCAGAGGACGCGCCUAAGAAAACUGGGAACAACGAUAGAAGACAAUACAUACUAUACACUUAC